CUUCUAUGGGUGAACGAGUCGGAUAGGCUGGAAUAGAAACGCAGUCAAUUCUGGCGAAGCGGUGGGCUCCUUCGUCUAGCGCAGAGCUCCAUCAAUGAACUCAAGUCAGUAGUAUGGUUUGCAGCCGUUAGAGACUUGGCUGGAAGAGGGAAGUGACCGAAGAAAGACAUCGCUGCCAAAUAUUAUUUGAAACAGCUUUAUGCGGGGAAAAUGAUGUAGCAAAUGUGCUACUAUAUGCAAUUUGCAGCACUGAAAAAAACGGAAUGGGGGGAUCAAGCAUCUUAUAUCUUAGAGAAUAUUCUAGCUCGACGUCCGAUGGAGGAAAACAGUUAAAUGUAUAUUCCUCUUUGCUUCAUAAUGCUUAAACGUUAGACUUUUUAACGGAACGAAAUAUUAACCUCCAACUUGUAGGUCUAAUGUCUUAGUUUAGCAUACCUUUUUUUAGUUAGUAAUACGUCAGCUGCGUUGAAGGCACCGGAUGGAUGAUAUUUAAUGUUUUUUAUUCACAAGGUGAUGUAUUCCUUAUCCUUUCCUCAGUGGGUAGUAUCAAGGCAUCUUCAUCUAGGUUAGCUCAUCCGACCAUUCUGGAUGCAUUUCCUUUUUCUGCAAGACCGGACUAUGGACAUAUCUUCUCAAACGGCAAAAUGAGUUUAUGUUUAAUUAAAUCAACCACAUGAGUGGCGUCUAAAUUAAGGUCGUGUUCAGAGCGGUGAAAGGCGACGCGGCGAAAAUUCCCGGACAAGGAUACAUUUUUUAUUCACAUUCUUUGGAAUUGUCGCUGUCCACCACAAGGAAAUGGAAAGCGAGGUUUUUACACCGUUGCUGGAGCAAUUUCUGCUCACGCCUUUGGUUGCCUGGGUUAAAGCGUCUGGACAUUCAUCUGGAAACGAUGGCACCAAACUAUCGGAAUACAUUGAAUUAGUCGAUGGCAUUUAUUUAAAUGAGAUUAUGCUUGAAAUAAAUCCAAAAGCCACUGUUCAACGAACCAACAAGAAAGUGAACAAUGACUCGACCCUGCGCAUACAGAACCUCUCCAUCCUGAUCCGACAGAUGAAGUCCUACUACCAGGAGACCCUCCAGCAACUGGUGGUGAUGCCUCUCCCCAACGUGUUGGUGCUGGGCAGGAACCCUCUCAGUGAGCAAGGUCUGGAGGAGAUGAAGAAGCUGUUGUUGUUGUUACUUGGCUGUGCCGUUCAGUGUGAGAAGAAAGAAGAGUACAUUGAGAGGAUCCAGACCCUAGAUUUUGACACAAAAGCCGCCAUAGCAUCUCACAUCCAAGAGGUGACUCACAACCAGGAGAAUGUUGUGGACCUGCAGUGGCUGGAAGGGGGUGAGUUGCCCCCAGAGGACCUGGACUCUUUCUCCAGGAACAUGGCUUUCCAUCUUAAACGCCUGGUGGAUGAGCGAGACGACCAGCUGGAGACAAUAGUUGAGCUGACCCAGGAGAGGGACUGUGGACAGUACUCUCCCCAGCCUCUCUUCGCCCAGUCACCCAAUGACUCGCCCAGCAUGCGGCGCACCGAGAGCCGCCAGCACCUGUCCGUGGAGCUGGCUGACGCCAAGGCCAAGAUCAGGCGGCUGCGCCAGGAGCUGGAGGAGAAGAGUGAGCAGCUGCUGGACUGUAGGCAGGAGCUGGAUAACAUGGAGACGGAGCAUAAAAGGAUUCAGCAAGAGAGCCUGCAGUUGUUGUCAGACGCACGUUCUGCCAGGUCCUAUCGUGACGAACUAGAUGCUCUGAGGGAGAAAGCCGUCAAGGUGGACAAGCUGGAGAGUGAAGUGGCACGCUACAAGGAGAGGCUCCAUGACAUCGAGUUCUAUAAAGCCAGAGUGGAGGAGCUUAAGGAGGACAACCAGGUUCUGCUUGAGACCAAGGCCAUGCUUGAGGACCAGCUUGAAGGAACCAGAGCUCGUUCUGACAAACUUCACGAACUGGAGAAGGAGAGUCUGCAGCUAAAAUCCAAGAUUCAUGACAUGGAAAUGGAGCGGGACAUGGACAGGAAGCGUAUUGAGGAGCUGCUUGAGGAGAACCUGGUCCUGGAAAUGGCCCAGAAACAGAGCAUGGAUGAGUCCCUCCACCUGGGCUGGGAGCUGGAGCAGCUCUCCAAGACCCCGGACCUAGCAGAGGUGCCUCAGAAGUCCCUGGGUCAUGAGGUGAAUGAGCUGACAUCCAGCCGCCUGCUGAAGCUGGAGAAGGAGAACCAGGCCCUGCUGAAGACUGUGGAGGAGUUGAGGCGCUCUGCCAGUGAAGAUGCCUCUGCACGCCUCCUCAGGGCCGAACGGGAGAACCAAAGGCUCACCAAAAGGCUGGAGCAGUUAGACAGUGAACUGAACACAGACCGGGAGAGUCUUUGCAGUGCAGAGAGCCUCAGUACUGACUUGAUGAAGGAGAAGGCUCUGCUGGAGAAGACCCUAGAGACACUGAGAGAGAACUCUGAGAGACAGGUGAAAGGUCUGGAGCAGGAGAACGAGCACCUGACCCAGACUGUUUUGUCAUUGAGGCAACGCUCUCAAGUGGGUGCAGAGGCGCGGGUCAAAGACGUGGAGAAGGAGAACCGGGUCCUUCACGAGUCCAUCCGGGAGACCAGCUCCAAACUCAACAAGCUAGAGUUUGAGCGCAAGCAGCUGCGUAAGGACUUUGAAGUGUACAAGGAGAAGAGUGAGAGGGCUGAAGAGCUGGAGGAGGAGGUGCAACGGUUGGAAAGGGAGAAUGAGGCCCUGCAGAAACGAGUAGCCAGUCUGGGCAUCACAUGUGAAAAGGUGGCAUCUCUGGAAAAGGAGAACUCUGAGCUAGAGGCUGAGGGUCGUCGACUAAAGAAGAAGGUGGACAGUCUGCGGAGCACCUCCUUCCAGCUGGAGGCUCUGGAGAAGGAAAAUGUCCAGCUAGACGAAGAGAACCUGGAGCUCCGUAGGGCUGCCGAGGUGCUUCGCUCAGCAGGGAACAAGGCGGCCCAACUGGAGUUCGAAAACCGUGAGCUGGAGAGUGAGAGGAGCCAGCUAAAGAGGAGUGUGGAGUUGCUCAAAGCCUCAUCCAAGAAAACUGAGAGGCUUGAAAUGAGCAACCAGGGCCUGGACACGGAGAACCAGCGGCUGCAGAAGGCCCUGGAGAACAGCAGCCGCAAGAUCCAGCAGCUGGAGGGGGAGCUGCAGGACGUAGAGCAGGAGAACCAAAGCCUGCAGAGGAGCCUGGAAGAACUGAAGAUCUCCAGCAAGCGCCUAGAACAGUUGGAGCAAGAGAAUAAGACUUUGGAGCAGGAGAGCUCUCAGUUGGAAAAGGACAAGAAGCAGCUGGAGAAGGAGAACAAGAGGCUGAGACAGCAGGCCGAGAUCAGGGACUCCAAGUUGGAUGAGGACAACCUGAGGAUCAGUCACUUGGAGAAGGAGAACCGCUCCCUGGGCAAGGAGAUGAUCUCAUUCAAGGACUCCUGCAACCGGCUCAAAGACCUGGAGAAGGAGAAUAAGGAGCUAGUCAAACAGGCUACCAUCGAUAAGAAGACACUGGUCACUCUGCGAGAGGAACUGGUGAGUGAGAAACUGAGGACUCAGCAGAUGAACAAUGACCUAGAAAAACUGACCCACGAACUGGAGAAGAUAGGCCUUAACAAGGAAAGACUGCUGCAGGAUGAGCAAAGCUUUGAUGAUGACAGGUACAAGCUGCUGGAGCACAAGCUCGAGUCCACUCUAAAGUCCUCUUUGGAGAUCAAGGAGGAGAAAAUAGCUGCUUUGGAGGCCAGACUGCAGGAAUCCUCUAACCUCAACCAACAAUUGCGUCAGGAGCUCAAAACUGUGAAGAAGAACUACGAGGCCUUGCGACAAAGGGAGGAGGAGGAGAGGAUGGUACAGAGCUCGCCCCCCAGAGGAGGGGACAGGGACGACUCCUUGGGGGUCAACAAGUGGGAGAAGGAGAGUCAUGAGACCACCCGGGAACUGCUCAAGGUCAAAGACCGCCUUAUCGAGGUGGAGAGGAAUAAUGCCACCCUCCAGGCAGAGAAGCAGGCCCUGCGUACCAACCUGAAGCAGCUGGAGACCCAGACAACCAACCUCCAGGCUCAGAUUCUGGCUUUACAGAGACAGACUGCCUCUCUGCAGGAGAACAACACCACACUACAGACCCAGAAUGCUAAACACCAAGUAGAGAACUCCACGCUGAACUCCCAGACUAGUACUCUCAUGGCUCAGAAUGCCCAGCUGGCAGCGCAGCAGGCCAGUACGGAAAACGAGAAGGAAGGAGCAGUGAGGGAGAGGGAGGAGCUGCGGUCAACCUACGAGAUGCUGCUGCGGGACCACGACAUGCUGGCCGCCCUGCACGAGAGACAGGCCUCGGAGUACGAAGGCCUCAUCGGCAAACACGGAGGCCUGAAGAGCGCCCACAAGAGCCUGGAGAGUCAGCAUAGAGACCUGGAAGACAGGUACAACCAGCUGCUACGGCAGAAGGAUCAGCUGGAGGAGCUGGAGAAACAGCUGAAGGCCGAGCAGGAGAAGAUGCUGUCUGAGAACAAGCAGCACGAGGCCACGGCUGCAGAGUUCCACAAACUGAAGGCGGAGAACGAAAGACUGAACACGGCACACCGUCAGCUAAUCAAGGACAACGAGGGCCUACAGGUGGACCAUAAGAACCUGAAGAGCCAGGUGAACACUGCCACGUUGGAGCACACCCGUCUGGAGGCAGAGUUUUCCAAACUCAAAGAGCAGUACCAACAGCUGGAUAUCACCUCCACCAAGUUAACCAAUCAGUGUGAGUUGUUGAGUCAGUUAAAGGGAAAUCUGGAGGAGGAGAACCGCCAUCUGUUGGACCAGAUCCAGACCUUGAUGUUGCAGAACCGCACCCUGCUAGAACAGACAAUGGAGAGCAAGGACAUGUACCACGUAGAACAGAGACAGUACAUAGAUAAACUGAAUGAGUUAAGGAGACAGAAGGAGAAGCUGGAAGAGAAGAUCAUGGACCAGUAUAAGUUUUAUGACCCAUCACCACCUCGGAGACGGGGUAACUGGAUCGCGCUGAAGAUGAAGAAGCUGAUCAAGCCGAGGAGUCGUGAGAGGAUGCGUUCCUUGACUCUAACACCCACGCGCUCCGAGUCCAGCGAGGGCUUCCUGGGCCUUCCCCUGGACAGCCAGGACUCUUCCUCUAUAGGCUCCGGUUCCAACUCCCUGGACGACACGCUAGCACACAAGAGGAGCAGCAGGAAGAGAGACUCUCAGAGAGUGCAGCACUUCCAUGUGCAGGGUACCCAGGGUUCCUUCAAUGCUCUGAAAAGGUUGCCCUUUAUGAGGAACCGAUCGAAGGAGAAAGACAAAGAAAAGGCCAUCUACCGCCGGUCCAUGUCUAUGAACGACCUACUUCAGACCAUGGCUCUGUCGGGUGGCCAGUGGGCUGGGAGCACAGAUAAUCUGGAUGGGCCAGAGGAAGCCAACGGUGGCAGCAGUAACCGGCACCUGAAGGAACUGCGCUCCAUGGCCUUUUCCACCAACGCUAUCAACUACAGCACCCUCACCCUGCCAUCUGGGAACAGGGCCAAGAGGAGCCUGAAGGUCAAAGACAACGCUUCCUGUGAAGACGUCCCAGCGUCAUCAGAAGACCUCGUUGGGAUGAGAGGUCAAGCCUCCAGACCCUCCAGUCUCCAUAGCAUCAAGACCAUCAGUAGUAAUAGCAAUAAUAACUCCCACUCCUCGCCGCUCGAGGCCAAAGGCACGUUGAACGGCCACCUCAGCAGGCCCCACAGUGAGAGCAGUGGGGAGUUCAGCCUCGGUGUGGACCAGGAAGUGUGGUCGAGCGGGAGCAGCCCUGUCCAGCUGCCCCUGACCCGCUCUUCUCACCAGAGUCCCAUGCUGCUGCGGAGAUCCCUGGACACCCCAGCCAACCUGGCCAGAAAGAAGACGGCCAGUUCCACGGGCAGUGCCAGCGAGGUGGUCUCUCUGCAGCAGUUCCUGGAGGAGAGCAUCGACCCUGCCGAGUCUGGCAGUCAAGAGAAUCUGACCGUUGAAUCUCCCCGCCUCUCUGGAGGUGCUGAGCAUGUGCUGAGAGACCCGGCUGAGCGCGGCUCCACCACUGGCACUAAGGGACGUGGCAUUCUGCGCUCAGCCAGCGGAAAGGCGACGACGCCGAUGAACUCUGACGGCCGGCCCCCCAGGAGUGGUCAACCAGGUCGCCCCAGCCUACGGAAGGCGGAGAGUACCCGUGUGAAGGGCACGGCCCCGCCCCGGGUCAGCCUCUCCUCCCAGAGUAAAGCCAUGUCCGUGUCUGAGCGCCUCGACAUGGCCUCCUCCUCCGGUCUGCCCCGGGCCAGCAGCGUCAUCUCCACGGCCGAGGGCUUUACGCGUCGGACCAGCAUCCAUGACCUGCUGUCCAAAGACGCCCGCCAGCCCGUGUCUGUAGACCCCUCGCCCUCCUCAAAGGCCUCGGCUCACUCCUCCACCACGCCCAGUGAGUACCCCCCGUCCAAAAACCCCUCCCAGCACCCAGCCCACGAGUUCCCCCCACCAGCUCCUGUGCCCCCGUCUCUGCCCAAGUCAGUCAGCAUGCCCUGCACAGGCGGUCAGCAGUCCCACAGUAGUAAGGAAACUGACCGUUCCAGCCUGGAGUCUUUCUUUGGCUCCUCCUUUACAGUCGAGUCAGUAUUCAUGGACUCCAUCUUCAGUGAGCCAGCUUUCACUGGCGGCAAGAGCCACACAUUCCUGUCCCUCAACACUUCCCUGGUCAGUAACAUCAGCGGUCCCCCAGGCAAGACACCCCCCCGGCCCAAUCCUGUCCAAACCGCUCAGAUCCAACCAAACGGACAGAAGUCCUGCCCCUCUGACCAGGAGGUCGUUGACCCCAAUCAUGUGAUUGAUGCUGGCCAAUCCCCAACCCUUAGCCCAGAGGACCAACAGUCAUUGUGGUAUGAAUAUGGGUGUGUCUGAAUAUAGGGCUCCCUGGUCAGCAACUGAUCUGGGACCAGCAUAACGACCAGUAACGUUUGGGGAGAAAUAUUUAACCCUCUGCAUGUGUUUUCAAAGCACUAUCAUGCUAUAUUUUCUUUUGAGCUUUCGUGUUUUUUCAUGGCUGAUUUUGUAUAUCACUUCCUCAACCAUGGUUUGGUGUUUCCUUCUGUCCUGUGGAAGAUGGGUUCUCUGAAUGUCUUUACUUUAAAGGUCCAUUCACAUUGUAUCGUUAAUCAAGGCUUUGUUUGGCUCACACAAUAUAGUGGUACACAUCUGCUCAUGGGGACAUAAAAAUUGCUGUUGUAAAAUAUUUUAAAAUUGCUACACAUGAGAUUUCAAGAACUUUUUAAGUAAUUUAAGACAUGCUCUUAUCCAGAGCGACUUAGUAGUGAGUGCAUACAUUCAUAAUUUUAUACUGGCCCCUUGAGUUAAUCAAACCCACAAUCGUAAUGUUGCAAGGACCAUGCUCUACCAAUGGAGCUACACCGGACAAUGUUUCAUUUAAAACAAACUCCCGGCUCCAUUCAAUUAGAGAUUCUAGGCAAAAACUGCAGCCACUGGAAAUGUCUAUCUAAUGCAGAUACAUCAUGGACAUUUUCUGAAAUAAUAAUGUCAUUUGCAUGGAAAAUCUCCAUGUCAAAAUUUGCUAUUUAUUUUCUAAACAUAAAUACUCUGCAAAGCUAGAUUCACUACUAGCUGUGUAUAGGGUUCAUUUAAAUGACAACUUCAAGAACAUUUCUAGUUAAUGCAGCGCUGUUUAAAAUCAUAGAAAUUAGGCUUGUAGAACAUGUCCCAUGAUAGGCUGUCAGACGAACACACUGCCAAUAAGCACUAUUUAUGGAGUCAUUUAUGUAAUCUGUCCCUACAGAGGGAGGACCCAGCUAAAAUUUUAACAGAAACUAGUUUCUCGUCUACUACUAUUUCUGGAUUGAAAGAUCUAGUUAACCCUCUGAUUUGGGUGGCAUUUGUUGUGAAAGAAUAUUGUCCUCCAGAGAAGUUUCACAUUGCAUUUCCAGUCUAACUCUACUGUAUCAAUAUCAAUGCAUAUUCACUGAACUGCAUGGCUUUAUUCUGUCUUGGUUUGUUUUGAACCUCUCAUUUUGAUUGCUGUGAUCAAAAUGGUUUUAUCUUUUUCAUUGUUGGUGUUUUUGUUUUGUGCAUAUGACAUGAUUCUUUGUUCUAUUUUUCUGAACAAAUCACUCAAUGUGGUGAUUGUUAUUUAAUAUUUGGGUGACUUGGGUUUAAUAAAAAAGAAACGUCAUCCACAGAAUUAUAGAAUUAUUAAAGUUAGGAGUCUGAGAAAGUGUUUUGCCAAUGUUUGUGGUGGUGAAUUUAAAAAUGAUACAAAUACAAUAGGCAGAUUAUUUUGUGGCAUUUUCCCUGUGGGUCAUUAUGGUGUUGGAUCUGGGUAGUCUUCUAAGAAUGCUCACACCCAUAGAAAAAAUGUUGAUUUUGUCAGUAACACAUUUCUGCCAAUGUUUAGAUGUAUAGCGGCUGAUAUAUUAUGACCCAUUUAAGUUAUAUACAGAAAGCACUACUUUAUGCACCAGUAGUAGUGAUGUUGUUAGUUUAUUUAUUUCUGCUUUGUUCUGUAUUUAACAUUUGAAAUUGUGUUAUUGUAUUUAUCUUGCGUAUAAACCAUUAACUGCAGCCUAUAACUGCAGAUGUAAUAUGACAUGCCUUUGUU